AUGUAUACUGAUUCGAGCUUAUCACCAAGAAAUGAAGAUUUAAUAGUUCUGAAUACAUCUUCAAAUUUGAAUAUGAUACAAACAGAUAGAUCUCAUCAUGAACAAUAUCAAUCAACUAUUGACGAUCUUGUUUCAGCAUCAAAUGAUACUUUAUCAUCAAUUAAUAAUAUGAUAUCAUCAUUAACAUUUUCUAAGUCAGUUACAAAUUCGAAGUCAGUCACAAAUUGGAAGUCAGUUACAAAUUUAAUGCCUAAAACUGAAUAUCCAUGGAUGAGACACAUUAUUAGAUUUAAACCUGCAUGUAAAACUAUUCGAAUGGGUUACACAGAACAUCAACUACUUGAAUUAGAAAAAGAAUUUGCUCGUAACAAAUAUUUAACACCCGCUCAUCGAGUUGCAAUUGCUCGUAACAUUGAUUUAAGUGAACGACAAAUUAAAUGUUGGUUUCAAAAUCGUCGAAUAAAAUGGAAAGUUGAUAAUAGAUUUAAAUCACGCAAUGAUCCACACAUUCAACUCGAAUCAAAUGCAACAAAUGAUGGUCAAAAUCAUCACUCGUCUGAUAUAUCAAUGAAUGAUACAUCAUAA